GCUAGCUCGGCCGCCCGCGCUUGAGUCUUAUACGCGCCGUGCGCACGACAGAAUUGGCUCGGAGUCCAAAGGAAUCCUCCACGAGUGGUCGACAGUCGUUCGAUAACAAAGCGGUGCCGAGCUGGAGGCUGCGAGACGUCAAAAUCACAUGCGCACCACAAGCGCUCUUUGACAAGUAAAACCAGACACGCGCAAGCGUAAAAAGCAAGAUUCACAAGUAUGAAGCCGCUCCAAACCCUAGCGCACUGCGCGCGCGAGUACCCCCUGCUGACGAUGGUCGGCGUCUACACGGCGCUCUACACGGCGGGCGAAUUCAUCGCGCGCUACGUCUACGACGAGCCUGAUUAUGUGUUCGGAGAUGCGACCGCAUUGAUGCUCGACAGCGCCGAGGCGGGCCUGCUCGAGUUUGGCAACGUGUCGCUGGUGGCGCUGCGACGCUUGUUCGGCCACGACGCUAGAGAUACAGCGGCGUUCGAACAUGUCAUUGCGUCCUUUUUCAGACAAGCUGCGGUGCUCCUGCAGCGGUGCCUCGACCGGAAUAUCAUUUCCGUCGAGGAGGCCGAGGCCGCGGCUGACUCGGGCGACGAAAUCGGUGAUCGCGUGCGCCUUGGCAUUUCGGCCGCGGUCCUGCUGUCCGCGGCGGUGCGUAGCGCCGACGACGCGGCCCUCGCAAAUAAAGCCAGAAUCGUCCUCGCGAGCGGGGACGCAGUCGUUGAACAGGCCUCAGUGCCCGCCGCUUUACAAGAGGCGCUCGCCAUGGUCCUGGAGGCGAAAAAACAAUUGGCCUCGCCGCACCACCGCACCGCCGAGGAUCGUGUCAGAUUGUGCCGCGAUUUAGUGAGGGCGGCCAUCGACGGCGGAUCGAAAGCGUCGAGUCCCUCCGACGCCUACAAGCACUGGACGGAAGACGGCGGGACGGGCGCCGACGCGUUGGCCGGCGUGCUACUGAGGCGUGCCGCGGCGGGCCUGCGCAAAAACCUGGGCGAGCGCUACGACAGCGCCAUGGACGACGUCUUCGUCGAAGUGCUCGAGGACCGCUUCGGCAGCUUCGAGGACGGCGGCCUGUCGACGCACCUCGUCCCGCCGUCGGACGCGCGGCUGCUGGCGCGGCGGCCGGCGCACCCGGGUAUGUGGUAUGAUCAGUAA